GUCCAGUUGGGGAAAGGAACGCGUGACAUGCAAAUUAAGAAUCCACGUGUGCAAGUGCAACAGAAGAGCAGCAGCACCCAAGUACCAAACCAUAAUAAAACCAAACCCUUAUUUCUUCGUCUUCACUUUGACAAUGGAUCCAGCGUUACCCAUUGUAGCGUUAUCGCUUCUCUUGGGUGCCAUCAUCGCAUUUCUCUUUUUCAGCACCUACUACCGGAAGCGGCAAUCCGAAAUCCAAUCUAUCGCCGAUCCCAAUCCCAAACCCUUAUCCUCUAAAGCCCCUCCCAAGAAGCCUCUCUCCAAACCCCAUUCCUCCGACAAGGAUCAAAACAAGCGACAUCAUCCGUUGGAUUUGAAUACCUUGAAGGGUCAUGGUGAUGCAGUGACAGGGAUAUGCUUCUCCCCCGAUGGACGAAAUUUGGCAACAGCUUGUGCUGAUGGAGUUGUGAGAGUAUUUAAGUUGGAUGAUGCUUCAAGUAAAAGUUUCAAGUUUCUGAGGAUUAAUUUGCCAGCCGGUGGUCAUCCAACAGCAGUUGCAUUUUCUGAUGAUGCAUCCUCCAUUGUUGUGGCGUCUUAUACUCUGUCCGGCUGUUCAUUAUACAUGUAUGGAGAAGAGAAACCUAAAACCUCUGAAGAUAAACCACAAACAAAGCUUCCUCUCCCAGAAAUUAAGUGGGAGCAUCACAAAGUUCAUGAUAAGAAAUCAAUAAUUACUAUGUUUGGAGCCUCCGCAACUUAUGGCACUGCGGAUGGAAGUACAAUUGUUGCCUCAUGUUCAGAAGGGACUGACAUCAUUCUUUGGCAUGGAAAAACUGGGAAGAGUGUUGGGCAUGUUGAUACAAAUCAAUUGAAAAAUAACAUGGCUACUAUAUCACCCAAUGGUCGUUUUAUUGCAGCAGCAGCAUUUACUGCAGACGUGAAGAUCUGGGAGAUUGUAUAUGCUAAGGAUGGAUCUGUGAAGGAAGUUUUAAAUGUUAUGCAGCUUAAGGGGCAUAAGAGUGCUGUGACUUGGUUAUGCUUUAUGCCAAACUCUGAGCAAAUAAUCACUGCAUCCAAGGAUGGUUCAAUGAGACUAUGGAAUAUCAAUGUUCGUUAUCAUCUUGAUGAGGAUCCGAAGACGCUGAAGGUGUUCCUAAUUCCUCUUCAUGAUUCUUCCGGUACUACACUGCACUAUGACCGCCUGAGUGUUUCCCCUGAUGGAAAAAUUUUGGCUGCGACCCAUGGCUCCACACUGCAGUGGUUAUGUGUUGAGACUGGAAAGGUUCUGGAUACAGCUGAAAAAGCCCAUGAUAGUGACAUUUCAUGCAUUUCAUGGGCUCCUAAACCCAUUCCAAUGGGAAAUGAACAAGUUUUAGUUUUAGCCACAGCCAGUGCUGACAAGAAAGUGAAGUUGUGGGCAUCUCCAUCUAUCCCUUCAUCAUGAACCACUAUGAUACUGCACCAACCAUAUAGCAUGCCUAUGCAUGCGCUGACAACUAAUUUAUGUUAAAGAGAGAUGAUUCAAAAGUUCUGGGACCUGGUCUCUUCAUAGUUGGUUCAAGCACUUCACAACUUGAUUAGAGCUGCAUGGUAUCAUUGGAAAGUUGAAUGAGAAACUAGGAUGAGCUGAAAUGAUUCAAGCCCUUCAGUUGCUGCUUAGACUUGUAUCUUUCCGAAUUUUUGUGACUAAUAAUUUAUAUAGGCAUAGAGAUAAUGUUGUUGGUUUUGGUUGUGCUAGUGAGAGGCUGACGUGAAAUGAUGAAGUGAUGCGAGAAUAGUGUAUUAGUAACUUUGGAAGAGAACAUAAUGGACAUGUUGCUAGUGGCUACAGUUUGUCUUUUAAAGAAGAAAAAAAAACAUUUUCAUAUUUUCAGGACAAUUAUGAAGGCAUUAUUCCAUCCAAUUUUGAAA